UCCGCCCAGUGUAAUGCCCUGGUCCAAGUGCCCCUGGAGCUUCCUUAGGACUCUGCUUUCCGUCCCCUCCCCGUCACUCCCUCCCCGCGGGGCGCGCCUAUCAGCGGCUCUUUGGACACAGGAGGUCGGGGUCCCGAAUCUCAGAUGAGGAGUGGGUGGUGCUCCAGAGCCGGACCUGGGGCUGGAGACGGUGUGUGUCAAGGUCUGCCAUUUUCAUUAAUAACUGCUGCUUAGAGAUACCCAAAUAAAAGAUAUUUGCUGUUUUUAAUAUUCUCAAGUUCAGGAUGGAGGCACAGAUAGCAGCAAGAAUGGGUUUAGAAAAAUAUACAGAGUUUUUAAAGGAAAUAUCAGAGUUAAUUACGAAUGAAAUGCCAAAAGCUGAUUAUACCAGCAUAUUCAAUGAUUUUGUUGAAUCUGAAUUUUUUUUGAUUGAUGGAGACUCAUUACUUGUGAUGUGCAUAUGUGAGAAAUCAUUAAAGCAGGGACAAGAUCUUCACUUCUUCUAUCUGGUGGAAUGCUAUCUUGUGGAUCUUAUUAGUAAAGGAGGACAAUUUGCCAUAGUUUUCUUCAAGGAUGCUGAGUAUGCGUAUUUCAACUUCCCUGAACUUCUUCCUUUGAGAACUGCCUUAAUUCUUCAUCUUCAGCAUAAUACCACUAUCGAUGUUCGAACAGAAUUUUCUGGAUGCUUAUCACAAGGGUGGAAAAUUUUCUUGGAUGAGAAUUACCCAUAUUUCCUAAUAGUUGCAGAUGAAGGCCUGAACCAUCUGCAAACAUACCUUUUCAACUUUUUCAUCAUUCAGUCUUGGGCAGUGAAGGUCAAUGCUGUGCUUUCCUCAGGGCAAACAUCUGAUCUCCUUCGACUUUAUGCAUACUUUAUGCCAAGCAAGUUGACAAACCAAAAGUUUUUCAAGGAGAAUGAAAAGAACAUUAAGAAUGCUUAUCAAACCCUGAUUAAACAAUUGGAAGAAUGUAGAGUAUUGGCAUUAGAAUCUCUUUUUGGAAAUUUAAAAUGGAAGCAUAUGAUGGAAGAGGCAUGUGAAACUAUUUCUCUGCUUAAGCAACUCUGGCCAGAAGGAUCUGACAUUCGGCGUGUACUUUGUGUUACGUCAUGUUCAUUGUCUUUGAGAAUGUGCCAUCACCUUUUAGAAAACAGAGAGAAGACUACCCCUGAUCAGAAAACUAACAUCCAACAGGAGGAAAGGCUUUGCUUAACCCUGCAGGAAAUGGAAGAUUUAUGUAAGCUGCAUUGUCUCAGUGUGGUAUUUCUACUCCACUUACCGCUUUCUCAAAGAGCUUGUACUAGAUUCAUCGUUUCCCAUUGGAUUGAGGACAUUCAGACAUUCUUAAAAAUGAAAAAGUGGUGUGAAUAUUUCAUCCUAAAUAAUAUAAACAUUUCUGAAUUUUGGAACCUUAAUUUAAUUCACCUUUCUGACUUAAGUGAUGAGUUUCUGUUGAAGAAUAUUGCCUUUUACUAUGAAAAUGAAAAUGUUCAAGGCCUACAUUUGAAUUUGGGAAAUGUCAUUAUGAAAGAUUAUGAACAUCUCUGGAAUACUGUAUCAAAGUUGGUCACGGAGUUUGAUGUUGGAAAGCCAUUUCCUCUGAGAACAACAAAACUUAAUUUUCUUAAAAAGAAUCCAUUACCAAUCAAAGACAUCUCCAAGGAAAAGAUGCCCAGUUUGGGUUUUAUUCCAAUGUCAUCUGAGGUGGUUGAUAAAUUUGCUGGAGACAUUUUAAAAGAUUUGCCUUUCCUGCAGAGUGAUGAUCCUAUUGUAACUUCACUGGUUAAACAUAAGGAAUUUGAUGAACUUGUACAUUGGCAUUCUCGCAAACCCCUUAGUGAUGAUUACGACAGGACAAAAGGCGCAUUUGAUGAAAAACCUAGAGAUGGUUAUUUUUUAAAAUCUCUUCAAAAGUAUCAUCGUUUUCAACGAUUUUAUGGAAAUUCAUUAGAAUCAGUCUCCUCCAAAGUCAUUGUAACUCAAGCUAUCAAGCCAAAGAAGAAUUCCAGUGAACCCAAGAGCAAAAAGGCAAAUGAGACCAAGGCUGAAAUCAUUACUAGAGAGAAUAAGAAGAGAUUAUUGGCCAAGGAAGAACAAAAAGAAGAGAACAAAUGGAAUGUUCUGUCAUUUUCUAUUGAGGAGGAAAUGAAAGAGAAUUUAAACUCUGGAAUAAAGAACCUGGAAGAUUUUUUGAAAUCAUGUAGUAACUCGGUGAAACUUAGAGUUGAAAUGGUAGGGUUAACUGCCUGCUUGAAAGCGUGGAAGGAACAUUGCAGAGGCCAAGGAAAAGGUGAAACCACAAAAGAUUUAAGUAUAGCUGUUCAAAUGAUGAAAAGGAUCCACUCCUUGAUGGACAAAUACCCAGAACUUUUACAAGAGGCAGAUCGGCGACUCAUAGCCAGAUGCCUUAAAUAUUUAGGAUUUGACAAGUUGGCAAGUUCUUUAUAUCCAACCGAGGCGGCAGCAGAUGACGACAUAAAUAAGAAAACGAGAAAAUAUUCAAUUGGCAUUGGGCCAGCUCGUUUUCAACUACAAUACAUGGGUCUUUUGAUACGAGAUGAGAGAAAAGAUCCAGAUCCCAGAGUUCAGGAUUUUAUUCCUGACACAUGGCAGCGCGAGCUCCUCGAUGUUGUGGAUAAUAAUGAGUCAGCUGUGAUUGUUGCCCCAACAUCCUCAGGCAAAACCUAUGCUUCCUACUACUGCAUGGAGAAAGUGCUGAAGGAGAGCAAUGAAGGCGUCAUUGUGUAUGUGGCUCCAACAAAGGCCCUUGUUAAUCAAGUGGCAGCAACUGUUUACAAUCGUUAUACCAAAAAUAUGCCAAGUGGUGAAACUCUAUGUGGUGUUUUUACAAGGGAUUAUCGUCAUGAUGCCCUAAACUGUCAGGUACUUAUUACAGUGCCUGCCUGCCUUGAAAUUCUGCUGUUAUCUCCUCAUCGCCAAGCAUGGGUGAAAAGGAUCAGAUAUGUUAUAUUUGAUGAGGUUCAUUGUCUUGGUGGAGAAAUUGGAGCAGAAAUUUGGGAACAUCUCCUUGUGAUGAUCCGAUGUCCCUUUCUGGCUCUUUCUGCUACAAUAAGCAACCCUGAACAUCUCACUGAGUGGCUACAAUCAGUAAAACGGUACUGGAAACAAGCAGAUGAUGAAAUAGAAAAAAAUAAAGCUUCCAAAAGAAAUGCUGGCUAUCGUGCCAAUUUUCACAGAGACUACACGCAAAGGAAGCAAUCAUAUAAAGUUAGACUUGUGAUCUAUGGAGAGAGAUACAAUGAUUUAGAGAAGUACAUAUGUUCAAUAAAACAUGAUGAUGUUUAUUUUGAUCAUUUUCACCCAUGUGCUGCACUAACAACAGAUCAUAUUGAAAGGUAUGGAUUCCCUUCUGAUCUUAUCCUUUCACCUCGAGUCAUCCAGCUUUAUGACACCAUGUUUCAAUUCUGGCAAAGUUGGCCAAGGGCCCAGGAGUUGUGUCCAGAGGAAUUCAUUCAUUUUAAGAAUAAAAUAGUAAUUAAAAAGUUGGAUGCUAGAAAGUAUGAAGAGCUUCAGGCAGAAUUAACAAGUUGGAUUAAAAAUGGCAAUGCAGAGGAGGCCAAAAGAGUCCUGAGGAAUCUUAGACCCAAUUCGGUUUUUAGUUCAUUAAACAUGGAAGAAAUGUUCCCACUUCUCGUUGAAAAGCUAAGAAAAAUGGAAAAGUUACCAGCACUAUUUUUUUUAUUCAAGAGAGGAGAUGUAGAACAGAAUGCUAGAAAUGUGAGCACUUUCCUGGAGCAAAAGCAGGAGAGAGAAAGGCCUCUCACAGCUGAUAAAGAAGCCCAUGUUGUGGCUAACAAACUUAAAAGAAUUAAAAAAUCUAUUGAGAAACAAAAGACAAUAGAUGAGAAAAGCCAGAAGAAGCCCAGGAAAAUGGAUCAAAGCUUUAUACAUGAAGCCGAACAUGAUAAUCUACUCAGGAUUCUAGAGAAGAACCUGGAAAUCCCUCAGGAGUGCACGUAUGCUGAUCAGAAAGCACUGGACACUGAGACUUUGCAGACCGUGUUUCAUCGAGUGAAAUUCUCAAGAAAAGGUGCAGAAUUGAAGGCUUUGGCAGAAAGGGGUAUUGGAUAUCAUCACGCAUCUUUGGAAGCCAAAGAAAACAGUUAGUUGAGGUUUCUUUUUAGGAAAGGUUUUAUUAGGGUGGUGACAGCUACCGGAACACUUGCUUUAGGAAUCAAUAUGCCUUGUAAAUCUGUGGUUUUUGCUCAAAAUUCAAUCUAUCUAGAUGCUUUAAAUUACAGACAGAUGUCUGGACGUGCUGGAAGACGAGGUCAAGACCUGCUGGGAGAUGUCUAUUUUUUUAACAUUCCAUUGCCAAAAAUAGAAAAACUCAUCAAAUCUAAUGUUCCUGAGCUGAGAGGACAGUUCCCCUUAAGCAUCACUCUGGUCCUGCGACUCAUGCUACUGGCUUCAAAGGGCGAUGACCCAGAGGAUGCCAAGGCCAAGGUGCUGUCAGUGCUAAAGCAUUCAUUGCUGUCCUUCAAACAACCCAGAACCAUGGGGAUGUUAAAACUUUACUUCUUGUUUUCUUUGCAAUUCCUGGUGAAAGAGGGCUAUUUAAGUCAAGAAGGUAAUCCGAUGGGGUUUGCUGGACUUGUGUCACAUUUGCAUUAUCAUGAGCCUUCUAAUCUUGUUUUUGUCAAUUUUCUUGUAAGAGGCCUCUUCCAUAAUCUCUGUCAGCCAACUCAGAAAGGCUCAAAACGUUUUUCUCAAGAUGUUAUGGAAAAACUAGUGUUAGUAUUGGCAAAUCUGUUUGGAAGAAGAUUUCUUCCAGCAAAGUUCCAAGAUGCUCCUAUCAAGUUUUAUCAAUCGAAGGUGUUCCUUGAGGAUCUCCCUAAGGAUUUUAAUGCUGCUUUACAUGAGUAUAACACACAAGUUACAAAGGACUUUGCCUCUUUCCUACUCAUGGUUUCCAAAUUGGCUGAUAUGAAACAGGAACAUCAACUCCCAUUGUCAAACAUAAAUUUCACAGAUAAAGAAUGUGAAGACUCUCAACUUGUGUCUCACUUGAUGAACUGCAAGGAAGGAAGAGUAGCUAUUUCUCCAUUUGUUUGUCUCUCUGGGAACUGUGACAGUGAUUUGCUUCAAUCAAAAAUUCCAAACCAUAUCAUUCUGCGCACAAUUGGUAUCCACCACGCUCAGGCUCCUGUGCUGUUGCCACAGGAAUUUGACAGCCAAGGAAGAAGAAUGCCACUUAAUGCUUAUGCACUUGACUUUUACAAACAUGGUUCCUUGAUAGGAUUAGUCCAGGACAACAGGAUGAAUGAAGGAGAUGCUUACCAGUUGUUGAAAGAUUUUUCACUCACCAUUCAGUCUAUCAGUGUUUCCUUGCGUGAACUAUGUGAUAAUGAAGAAGACAAUGUGGUCUUAGCGUUUGAACAACUGAGUGAAACCUUUUCUGAAAAAUUUAAGAAAGUCUAAAAACAAAGUCAGUCUAAACCUCUUAAAAUAUUUUUAAUUCAUACUUUAUGAUUCUCAUGCUUUUUGUCAAAAAUACAUAUAUGAUGAAGUAGAAAGAGCAAGCACUUUGCAGUUAGAGUUGUGAUCAAACCUGCCAUGUUCUCUCAUAAGCACCCUUGGAUGACUUAUUUAAUGUUUCCAAGUCUUAGUUUCUUUAUAUAGUUGAGUAAUAAUGCUUAUGUCUCAGGUAAUUUACAGAUUGAUUGAGAAAAUGCAAGGAUUUUGUACGUAACUGAAAAACAAUUUUGCUCUGUGAGGCCUACACACAUACUACAUUCUGAACAUAUUUUUCCUCAAUGUCAUAGUUUGUAAAAAAAAGUCUACUAAGGCUAAAAUAAAUGGUUACUGUAUCCUGAAGUUGAAAUAUAUUCUCUCUAAUAAAUGUGAUUAUGUGAUUUAGAUAUAUGCCUAUUAAAAUAGUAUCUUCUGGUAAUUUUAAAUUACUGUUUUAAAAUGUAUUUAUAAAUGAGGGUUUUGGUAUAAAUUCUGUGAUGUUUUAAAGUUAAAUGUAACUGAUGAUUUGGCUUGAUUUUAAUUGUAUAUUAGUGACUGGAAAACCACACAGCAAUAAAAUGGGUUUAAUCUA